UGAACGCGCCGUAGAAGACGCCAGAAAGUGCGAGCUGCGUCACAGCGCGCGCGCACAGAGCACGGCGGAGACACGCGAGGAGUCAGCAGGAGAUUUGCACUAGCGUCCGAUUACUGCUGCUAGCCGUCUCUUUUUGUGUGUGUGUGUUUUUGCGAGUGUAUCAGAGCAAAUAUCGGAUCCGUCCCUGAGGCACGAGGCCAUCGCUUUAUAAAAAAAAAAAAAGAAGUGUAAUUUUGGUGAAAGCUGAAAGUUGAUCCCGACAUGCAGCCAUCAACUGCUAAGUGGUAUGACAGACGGGACUCUGUCUUUAUUGAAUUCUGUGUAGAAGACAGCAAAGAUAUUGACGUGAAAUUCGACAAAUCAAAGCUUAACUUCAGUUGUGUAGGUGGAGUCGAUAGCAUCAAAUAUCAUAAUGAAGUAGAACUAUUUGAGGCCAUCGACCCAAAUGAGUCAAAACACAAACGGACAGACAGGUCUGUGUACUGCUGUCUACGAAAAGCAGAACCUGGCAAGUCGUGGCCACGGUUAACAAAAGACAAAGCAAAGUUCAAUUGGCUCAGUGUUGACUUCAAUAACUGGAAAGACUGGGAAGAUGAUUCGGAUGAAGAGUUGUCCAGCUAUGACCGAUUCUCAGAGAUGAUGAACAACAUGGGAGGGGAAGAUGAUCUGCCUGACAUGGAUGGUGCAGAUGAUGAAGAAUCUGCAGAUAGCGACGAUGAAAAGAUGCCAGAUCUCGAGUGAAGCUGCAAAGGAAAUGCUGUGGCAGAAAACAAGGAUCGUUGCUUAACUGUUAUUUGAAAAAAGAAAAAAAGGGUAGUUGUUGUGGGGCGGGAGGGGCAUGGGGGGUGAACAUUUAAUUAAAAAACACAGAUCAACCAACACACAACAAAAUGCCUAAAUUGAAGCUGUUUUCCAGGCUCUGAGUGUCCCACCAGAGUAUACCAUUGUGUUAAUGGCUGUCUUCAAGUCAUCAACACUGCUUUCUUUACCUUUUUAUUCUGCAUGGACAAUUAAAGGUCUACAUGAUGUUUUGUGGAUUCUAGUUAUCAUCCAUUUACUCAACAGUGGCUGUGGGAGAGGAUGGUGUGGAGAGAGAGAGAGAGUUCGCCUUUCCCCCAGUGUCAGUAAGACACCAUUAUAUAGCAUAUGCACAUUGUAAUUCCCAGUAAUUGGAAAAUUAAUGUUCCCCCCCACCCCCCAAUCCACAUUAGACCCCAUUACCCAGUUCCUGGUUGACAGUAAAUCUUAUUUCAGUUUUUAUGUUAAUUCAAGUCUCAGUUUUUGUGUGAGUGUGAAGCAAGCAUUCUUCUCAGACGUGUGCUUCUUUUGUUCAACUGCAAAUACUAGCCAAAACAUUUACUGGAUUUAAAUACAGCUACAUUGAAAGUUGAAGUUGCCCAUUCUGCUUCACUGGGAAACAUUUUGUUGGCACUCUAGAUAUUUUUUUUCCAUGAAAUAGUUUGACGUGUAAAUCAAAUAUGUUCAAAGUACAUAGUCCUGUCUGUACACAUGACUUUCCCAAAUGAUUUCAAGUUAAUCCUUUGUCACACUUGAACGUGUAGCAGGCAUUUGAGCACUGAUAUCUUCCAUUUAUGUGAAGUGAUAUAAUGUAAGCUUCACCGCUGUACAGAACAAAAGGGUAACUUAUCAAUAGCUGACCAAAUUGUGAUUGCACUCCUAAUAACAAUGCAAGUGUGACUAAAAAUGUUUGUUGUGCUAACCUGCCACUACAGGUUGAGGAAUUUAAGUUUGUUAAACGCAGUGGGGUUUUGUCUACAUAUUUCUAAUAAACUGUCUCUAAACAAUUGUUUCACACGUGUUGAGUAACCCAUGUAAGUCAAAUUUACUUGUUCACUUUUAUUGGCACUUUUAUCCAGUGCAGCUUAAAGGUGAGGAUAAUUCUCACAUUCUGGCAGCUGUCAAUUAAAGGAAAAAUCCACCCUCAA